GAUCCAACAGUAACAGCACAACAAGUGUUUGAUAAAUACAUUCAAAGUUUAGUUGACAUUACAAGAAUCAGAAACAUUAAUUUUGAUGUUGCACAGCGUGUUCAGAAUCUCUACAAAAAGUUAAUUAAAACUGAAUGCUUGAAAAUCAUUGGAGAUACUCUGCUGGAAAUAGUGAAAGAAAAUGCAAAAGAAAAAAAAACUAGUCAAACCAGAGAAUAUUUCCAAAGUGCAAUAACCAAUGAUAUAGAAAAUCGAAGAACUGCUGGAUACGCUAAUACCUAUGUAAAGUUUGCAUUAUUGCCAAUGUUAUUGACAUAUUUUAUAGAACCAGAAACCAUGAACAGUGAACAAGGCACAUCCAUACAGAAAAAACGAGAUGGUGUAACACCUUCUAAGUGGAUGACAGAAGCUCUUUUGGAAGAGGGUGAAAUUUGUGAUGAUUUUAAAGAGACCAUACAAGAUAUCCGAGAAUACGACUUGAUUAUAAAAAAUACAAUUGUUCGUUUAAACAUGGAAGAGUGGUGUCAAAAAUCUAAAUACAUCGAGGAAAUUCACAAGCAAGAUCUGUUGCGCUAUAACAUAAUAGACUCUAUCAGUUCGUCAGCAACAGAGGCACAAGUUCUUUUUAAAGAUAUUUGGAACAUUAUGAUUGAUGCUAUGGAAGUUGUAACUUCGGAUUCAACAACAAAAGAUGUAGAAGAUGAUAAGAUAAAAGAUUAUGCCAAGUUUCUUUUUAAGAAUGUGAAUUCUCUUGAAAAGUUACGAGAAACAAUUAAGUCAAAUCAUUCUGCAUUGAGAACAGAUGGUAAUGCUAGAUGGAAGAGGCAAGUUCUAAAUAUAUCAAAGAUUUUUCAUGAUCAAUUUGAAAAUGGAAAGAAUUCCUUCAAAGAUGAACAAACAGAAUAUCAAUACAUUAUCAACUUUAUUUCCCGGGUCUACAAAAUUCUAUUUAAGGAUCUUCAAUAUUUGGGUUUCGAUUGGGGUGAAAAGGCAUUGAGAUGUUCUGCGAUUCUAUUAAAUAAAUCCCUGCAAGAUAAUGAUCACCAUAACACCGGAAGCAAGAUUGACACUAUAAUUAAAUUGAUGGAGUUGAAUCUUGAGUUUUCUGUCACGGAGAAUGACAUAUCAUGGGAAUUUCCAAGAAUUUCGCAAGAUCAAAGUAUAUGGUGUACAAAUCUACAUUUAUCCAUACCUUUCUCCAGGAUUUAUUAUUUCAAGCAAGAAUUCAUGUUUGAGUGCCCAAUAAUUACUUUACUUGCUUUUAAAACAUUACCGAAAUUCUUGUAUAACUUAUGGAAAUUACAUGAUAUUAUUUCCUCAAGUGCAGAAAGCAUCAUUUCAUAUAUUGAAAGCACAGAAGAAUCAGAUGAUAACAGUGAACUUGAUCAAGUGAUUGUCUCACCAAAGAAACAAAAAAGAUAG